UGUUUGUUGUCUCUUUGUGGUUGUUUUUUGUAUCUUUGUGGUUGUUUUUUGUAUCUUUGUGGUCAUUUUGUGUCUCUUUGUGGCUGUUUUGUGUCUCUGUGGUUGUUUUGUGUCUCUGUAGUUGUUUUAUGUGUCUUUGUAGUUUUUUGUAUCUUUGUGGUCGUUUUGUGUCUCUUUGUGGUUGUUUUGUGUGUCUUUGUAGUCGUUUUGUGUUUCUUUGUGGUUGUUUUGUGGUUCUUUGUGGUUGUUUUUGUCUAUUUGUAAAUAAAGCAGAUAUUAAGUGACGUAAAAUUGUGUUAUUUGGUUGAUAUUUGGGUAAAAUAAAUGCAGUAAAUUGGUUAGCUCUAAGCUAGCUUUCGUCUGCAAUUAUUUUGUGUCUCUUUGUGGUUGUUUUGUGUUUGUGGUCGUUUUGUAUCUCUUUGUGGUCGUUUUGUGUCUAUUUGUGGUUGUUUUGUGUUUAUUUGUCGUCGUUUUGUCUCUCUUUCUGGUUGUUUUGUGUUUAUUUGUUUUCGUUUUAUUUCUCUUUGUGGCCGUUUUGUGUCUCUUUGUGAGUGAUUUGUGUGUAUUUGUCGUCGCUUUGUGGUAGUUCUAAGGUAGUUCUACCCGCUAACUAGCUAACUAACGAAGCCGGAAGUGACGGAGGGAUUUCUCUCUCGCUCCUUCCCCUUUCCGGUUAUUUGAAUGUGAUGCCCGCUGAGCUUCUGCAGACUCUUUGAAUGUUGUAGAUUCAUUAUUAAUUUCAAACGAUUUAAAUUGCUUUUUGUUGAAUUAUUUAGACUUUUUAAAAGUUUAGGGACUGUUUUGAUCAGCUGUUGUAUCCUGUAGCCGAUUAGGGACCAGCGGAGGGACCAAACCGAGGAGUUAGCUGUUAGCUCAAAGCUAAGCCUGAACAUUAAAGGUUUUAUCUGGACACUAUCUAGUUUCUACCGGAUUAUAACCAGCAGCUCAGGGAUGAACUCUGGGAGGCUGCAGGUCAAAAUCAAGCGAGUCUGUCCGAGAAAGAGGUCCAGAGACGGGCUGAAGACCCAGGCGACACCCGCCGGGAGGAGGUGGAGCUCCGUCCCGGAGACAGAGCUGACACCCGCCGGGAGGAGGGCAGGUGGAGGCGGCUUACCGAGAUGUUCCACCGGCAGGAGAACCAGCAGCACCAUGGCUGAAGAAGCAGCAUCUCUGGAAUUCUGCAGCGACAGCGAGGAUUUAUUCGCCGACUAUGACAGCUUCCUGGAGGACAGUUCGCUGCUGGCAAAGCUGGACGAUGCUGAACAGAAUGAAAGACAGCGAGCUACUGAUCAGCUGGACGGGAAACAUGACGAAGUCCUCACAGACUCCAUCCUGGACGCCAUCGGGGACGAGGAACCUCUGGAGGACUUACCGCCCAGCCAGCUGCAGUUCCAACAGGAAGUCCGAGACCAGGCGAAGAGGAGUCGACUGCAGGACGGACAUCAAACCUCGACGACGUCUGUCAGGAAAGAGGCGGGACCGGAAACAAAGACGGAGGACAGAACCAGGAGGAGGAGGAGCGUCGCCGACCAGCUGAAGAGGACGAUGAUCGGGAACGCCGUCGUUCCGGCCGGCGUCUCUCGGACGGCGGCGCUGAAGGAGACGGUGGUUUCCGAGGAGAUGAGCGUCGCCGUGCAGGCCAUGGAGACGGUGUCGACCGAGACUCCCGACCUGGGACCGUUCUACGGACUCCCGACCAGAGUCAAGGACCUGAUGAUGGACCUGAGAGGAAUCAGCAGCCUGUACGACUGGCAGCAGACGUGUCUGAACCUGGACUGCGUCCAGCAGAGGAAAAACCUGAUCUACUCGUUACCGACCAGUGGAGGUAAAACUCUGGUGGCAGAGAUCCUGAUCCUCAGAGAGCUGCUGUGCAGGAAGAAGGACUGUUUGUUCAUCCUGCCGUACAUAUCUCUGGUCCAGGAGAAGGUCCGAGGGCUGGCCAGCUUCGGCCUGGAGCUGGACUUCAUGGUGGAGGAGUACGCCGGCAGUAAGGGAAGGUUUCCUCCGGUGAAGAGACGCAACAAGAAGUCCGUCUACGUGGCGACCAUCGAGAAGGCCCACAGCCUGGUGAACUCUCUGAUAGACACCAGCCGGCUGGAGGACCUGGGGCUGCUGGUGGUGGAUGAGCUUCACAUGCUGGGCGACGGCAGCAGAGGAGCUGUGAUUGAAAUGACUCUGGCCAAGGUUCAGUUUAUGAGCAAAACGACUCAGAUCAUUGGGAUGAGCGCCACCCUGGGAAACAUCAGAGACCUGCAGACGUUUCUGAGGGCAGAAAACUACAGCAGUGACUUCAGGCCUGUGGAGCUGAAAGAAUUCGUUAAAGUGAACGACACCAUCUACGAGGUCGACCCAAAGGAGGAAAACUGCUUCAAGUUCUCUCGUCUGCUCAGCUUCAAAUAUUCCAGCUCCAUGCAGAAGAUGGACCCGGACCACAUCAUCGCCCUGGUAACCGAGGUGAUUCCCACCCACUCCUGUCUGGUGUUCUGUCCCACCAAGAAGAACUGUGAGAACGUGGCUCAGAUGAUUUGCAGAUACCUGAAGGAGGAGUUCCUGCAGCACCAGGAGGCCGAUAAGGCAAUGCUGCUCCGGGAUCUGAAGGACGGCGGUAACGGGACGGUGUGUCCGGUUCUCAGCAGGACGGUUCCGUACGGAGUGGCCUACCACCACAGUGGACUGACCUCUGAGGAGAGGAGGCUGUUGGAGGAGGCCUACUCCAGAGGAACCCUCUGUCUGCUCACCUGUACCUCCACCCUGGCAGCAGGAAUCAACCUACCUGCACGCAGGGUGAUCCUCAGGUCUCCAUACGUGGCUUCAGACUUCCUGAAGAGGAGUCAGUACAAGCAGAUGGUUGGAAGAGCUGGACGAGCUGGAAUCGACUCUGUAGGGGAGAGUAUUCUCAUCCUGCAGGACAAGGACAGGAGCACGGCUAAAUCUCUGGUCUGCGCUCCAAUGGAAAACUGUUACAGCAACCUGAUGAUGGAUGACGGAAAAGGAAUCCUGAGUCUGAUCCUGUCGCUGGUGGGAUUAAACAUGGCCUCGUCGCUGCAGCAGCUGCAGGACUUCCUGCGCUGGACGCUGCUGUUUGUUCAGCAGCAGCAUCUGUGUGCCCACAAGAGUCUGACGGAGGUUCUGCAGCAGAGCCUGGACUUCCUGAAGGACAAAGAUCUGAUCACAGCAGAACUCGAUGGAUCCAAUCUGAAAGUCACCAGGCUGGGGAAGGCCACCUACAAAGGCUCGGUGGAUCUGACCCUCAGCGACCUUCUCUACAAAGAUCUGUCCAAAGGUCUGGAGGGUCUCCUGCUGAACAGCUACCUCCACCUGGUCUACCUGGUGACUCCGUACGACCUGGUUCCUCAGUGCAGACCGGACUGGAUGGUUUACUUCAGACAGUUCACGCUGCUGUCGGCUGCAGAGCAGAAGAUGUCGGCCGCCGUCGGAGUCCCAGAGAGUUUCGUGGCAAGAAAAGCUGCAGGACAGACGGUGAAAAAGAGCGUAGACCAGACCGUGGUGACCCGGAUGUACCUGGCUCUGGUUCUGUUCUGGGUUCUGAAGGAGGCCGACCUGUGGAGCGUCUCUGAAAGGUUCCGUCUGAACCGAGGCUUCGUCCAGACGCUGCUCAGCUCCUCAUCAGCGUUCUGCAGCGCCGUGCUGCUCUUCACACAGGAGCUGGAGGAGUUGUGGCCGUACAGAGCUCUGCUGACGGAGCUGACCAGGAGGUUGAGUUACUGCGUGAAAGCUGAACUUAUUCCUCUGAUGGAGGUGGCUGGAGUCAUGGAGUCCAGGGCGAAGCAGCUGUAUAAUGCUGGCUACAGGACUCUGACCCACCUGGCCAACGCCGAUGUUGCUUUUCUAACCAGAACCAUAGAACACCUGUCCAGGAAACAGGCCAAUCAGAUCGUAGCUUCUGCUAAAAUGCUGCUGAAUGAAAAAGCUGCUGCUCUCCAGGAGGAGGUGGAUGAUCUUCUAACCAAACCUUCAGACCUUCCUCUCAUCUGAAGCCCUCAGAGGUUUUCUUCUGCUGCUUUUAUUCCACUAACGUUAAUCCUCAUUAAAUACUGUAGAAGAACGUCUGCUGAAGCUGUUUCUGCCUCAAUCCUGAAGCAUGAAUCAUUAAAGAGCCACGUUUUUAUGACCCACUGAUAAACAUCUGAACGUGUGUUUUCCUGCAGGUUGUUGUUCCUGUUCAGCAGGUUUUACACUCAGUCUGAUUCACUGCUGAAUGGACACGUAGAAUAAAACAACAACAACAACCACACACAAAGGUCUCAUAUUCAUCGGAGGGAAAGUCAGAAUUUUUGGUUUUAUUUAUUUUAUUUUUUGGAAUAUUUUUCUGAUUUCUUUAGCAUUUCAUUAAUAUUUUGAGGAUAUUUUCUGAAUAUUUUAUGAAAUAUUUCCUGAGAUAUUUUAUGAUAAAUAAAAAGCAAACAAACA